AUCAUUUGAUGAUGGACAAGGCUGAGAGUGCAAGAAAUAGAUUCGUGUCCUAAAGAUGUGACAACCGUCAUCUUCUGUGGCCACGUCUGAAUAUGAUCGAAGUUGAAGAUUACAAGCCUGAGGACGAGACUGCUAACUACAUGCAAGAGUCGAAGAAGUUGAACUUGGUCUGUAACAAAGAAUGGUUAAGAGAUGAUCAUUCUUGUUCUCAGUGUAGACCACACACCAAUAUGCUUCCCCAAACAUACCAGAAUCCCUGGAGUAAAAUGAAGCCUCAACAGACAUCGAAGCUUGAUUCAAAUCAAAGAAUAAAAACGAGGAAACCUAUAGCCACUGUGAUUUUGCUACUAGUUCCAUUCAGUUUGCUUUUGGGUGGUACGGAGUGCAUCAAAGCAAACCUUCAUAUAUUGUGGCUUAUAUUGAUGUGUUUGUAUAUCUUCCAGCCUCUAGAUAUUGGUGAUUAUUUAUUCUCUAAUGGCAUCCCCAUCCUAUUCAUUGAGUGUUAUUCUGGGGCUAAAAUUUGGUGUUUAUAUUCUUCAUGAUGAAUGGCACUUGUGAUUUUGUAAUUAUAUAAUUGUAGACACUGUAGUGAGGUUGGCUGAAUAUGUAUGAGUCCUCUGUAACAGACCUAACAACAGUUCCCAGUUCAGUUAGAUGAAAAUGAUAGGAAAGGGAGGAAGAGAAGGAUUAGCAAGAUGUGUAUGCCAGAUGUUUUAUAAAUACAGUAAUACUCUACAUGUGUUGAUAAAAGGAAAUCAACAGCUUGUGUAAAUUUUGGAAAUAACACUGGGAAACAUACAAUUUUUGUAUUUUAAUCAUGUUAUCUAGUGUAUUGUCUUCAGAGCUUACUUUUAAAGUAGAUGAAAUUUCAGGACAGUUGAAUUCUGCACUAAGAAUGCUUCAGUAAAAGUAUACAGUUGUAGUAGAAGGCCAUGAUGCCACAAUAUUUUGUGGGAAAACUGUUUUAAUAAAUGUACAUAUGUACUCUAAUAUUAAGACUUAAAAUUGCUUAGAUGAUAUAGUAUUGCUGUUCUGAUUAAGUUUAAGAUAUCUUUACAAUGAAAGUGGAAAUAUCUAUGAUAAUGAAGAUUUUUCUUUUAGAAAUGUUUGACCAAAAUAGUGUGAUAGCUUUUUCUAAAACAAUAUCAUCAUGGAUCAGAUGUUCACCACACUUUUGUCUGUUUCUUUUACUGUACUUAUUAAUGGGCUAUUAUUCAUUUUGAUUUCUAAAUAACAUAUCUAUAGGCUCAUCUAUACAAUUAACCCCUUCCCGACGGGUUGUGCCGUGAGGCAUCAAUACAAACCACUUGAUCUGUGGCGUGCGACUGUACGAAGUGCUACGAGCCGGUGAUUUGGCUUGAUGUACCAAACUCCCGCGCUCAAAGUCGGCACAUUGCCAUUGAUCUUCAGAGGAGUGUAGAGUUUGUUUUUUUAGUUUUCUUCACCCGUCAUCAAGGGGUUAAGGCCACCUGUGGUGUUUGUGCGUGCUACUCAUGUUUCAGAUCAUGGUGAUAAAGCACAGCGUAGACUGCUGACCAACAGUGGGCUAUUCACACUGUACUGACCACUAUGUGCCGAUUGAGUGUGUGUGACAGAUGCACAUUUACGCUGAGCAUAACUUUCUGCUAGAUAAUAAGGAACUUUAAGAACCAUGUUCACCAAUGCAUAGUAAUGUGCAUUAUGUGAUAAAUCCUGAGAUUUAUACAUCAUUAUCAAUGUUGUUCUCAUUUUCUAGUGUACUAAAUGAAAUGUUUACUUUAGUUCUGUACCACUAGGCUGUAGGUGACAGGCAUCUGUGCAUAAACAUAUCACCCACUUAUGGGUAACUACCCCAGGGAUGGUGCUUAGAUUGUUUAUGUCAGCAUUGUCAUUUCCCUAAGUACACACCAUUACCAUGCUUGAACACCACAGGUCAACAGUGAUAAUGUAGAUGAACAUUUAGUCUUUGUGGUCAGUUUGGUUUGAAGUAAAAAAAGUAACUUAAAGAAAAUUAUCCAGAAGUGUACCCACAAACAAGGAAAAUAAUUCCAUAUACAAUUGUCUGUAACUCUCAGCUGCCCAAGGAAGGAUGGGUCCAUCUGGAAUAAUUUUUUUUUUACAAUUCAUCAUAUUCACAAUAAAACAUUUGUUUACAUACAUUUACUUGAAACUCUUGACUGGAGAAUACUGAAACCUGGGUUUAAAUUAUUACUUGUUAAUGUAGCUAAUGGACUUGUCAUUCUAGGCAGUGAAGAGUUAGAGGCUUCUAUGAGGGGAAAUUAUAUUGUCAAAUACUGGUGGCACAUUAUCACAUCUAUUCUGGGUACAAUUGCUUCCUUUGCUCUUGCUAAUGUAAAACUACCAGCAGUAAUUCUUGGCAGAGCAGAAUAUGAAGAGGUUUUCAAAAGUGUUGUUUCCCAAUCUGAAUUCUAUUUUUUUUUUUUUUUUUUUUUUUUUCCCCCCCAAGUAAUAGAACAUACUAAAUAUAGCAAUGAUUACACCUGUUUCAUUGGCAUUAGUAGGAAAUUUGCCAUGCAGACUACUAGUAGCCCUUCAUCUCCAGGUAUUAGUAAUGUCAUUAAUUUUAAAUGCAUCCUAAACUGGGACCAGUAACUGUGUAUUGUAGGCUUGCAAGCCAAUAUUUUCAGCUUUCAUGUAAAAUUAAACAAGACAAACUGAAGAAUCAAAAUAUGCUUGAAAUAUUUUAUUCCAACAGACGUCCAUUUCUGUAGAAUGACAUAGACUGCAGAUCCAUGGGAAUUGUAGUGUGCUUCGAGACAGUUCAUUUACCUUUUAGGUACACAUUGCAACCAAAUUUUAGCACUUUGAGGGAUCUUGGUUGUGACUAUAUUAACAAAGGUUGAAGAUGUAUCUCAGCUUUUUUGCGACAAUUUUUAAUGAGGUAAAUAGUGUUACCAGUACAGAUAAAUGGACACAAGCAGAGAAACAAAUAUUUGCAUCAGUCUUAUAAUAAUUUAAGUCCUCAUACUAUCCAUUUUUAGUAUUAGCUUGGAAAUAGAUUUUCUUUUUUGCUAUCUCAUAUAGGAAAUCAGAACAGAUAUCACUGUAAUUUACUUAAGCUAUAUCUUUCACCAUGGCAUAAUUUCUAAAAUAUUAUGAGUAUAUUCUCAAUAGAAUAUACAGAAUUGAAUACUAACCAAUAUUCAUUGUCCCAUUUCAUAAUAUCUAUAGGGAAUAUCUAUUUAGAAAGCAUAAUGGUUUUACAUCAAAAUUUAAAACUAAAAAUGGUGAUGAUUUUUAAGGGGGGAUGGGGGUCUUUUUCAUGCAAAAUGUCUUUCUGAUUGACCAUUACCACUGCAGAGAGUAACUGUGCAAUGGCAUAGCAUGGCUGUCUGAUAAGAAAAAUUCCAUUAUUUUAGUGUGAGCAACUGCAUUGUUGGAUUAAAAUGCUUGUAUAGUUAGCCGUUAUAUUCUUUGUCAAAACUCUGUCUGUAUACCUAGGUAAUAAGACCCCAAGAAGUAUAACCGGAGAAUGAAUGAUAACAUUGGAAAAUCCCUUGUUGAAAUAAAAACAGCACAGUAAUGGAGAAGGUUCCAUCGUUUUUCUGUAGUUGUCAGCUUAAUAAUCAUAUAUAUUUAAAACUAAUGUCAAAUGACCCAUCCUCUCAUAAUAAAAUAAGUUAGAUGCUCAGUUUUGUACAGUGUUCUGCCUGUGUAGGUUGUAAUGCACUAAUUGUACUUAGGUUACAGCACUUUUUUGUUAAAUCGUGAUCUAGUUUUGUCAAGGUAUCAAUAGCCUCUUUAGGAUAUAGUGUAGAACCUCCUGAGGUGAAUAUUGUACCUUACUGAUUUUUCGGACUCUGCAUAGACAACACUCAGUUUGUAUCAGACUGGAUAUGAAUGAAGUGAAUGUCAUUUA